AUGGCACAGGCCGCCAAGAAGAAGUUGGUGGUUGCAGGAGGCAACGGCUUUCUCGGGUCGCGGAUCUGCAGAGCCGCAGUCGGCAGAGGUUGGGACGUUACCUCGAUAAGUCGUUCAGGCGAACCUACAUGGUCCUCGGUGACCUCCUCGCCAGAGCCACCGUCCUGGUCCAAAUCCGUGAGCUGGGUAAAAGGCGACAUCCUGAAGCCCACGACCUACACCUCCUCCCUAAAGGAUGCCGACGCGGUUGUUCACACGAUGGGGAUCUUACUGGAAGCAGACUACAAAGCCGUGCUAUCUGGCAAGGAGUCACUGUUCUCAGGUCUAUCGAGGGCGUUCAGUUCCACCAAAGCCGGGAGCUCCAAGAACCCACUCGACUGCAAACCAGGCGAAGGUUUAGAAAGGGGCGAAAAAGACGGCCAAAUCACUUAUGAGUUGAUGAACAGAGACUCCGCCAUAGCACUAGCACAAGAAACCGAGAACGCUGGUGCACAGACGUUCGUGUACAUCUCCGCCGCGGCGGGUGCGCCCAUGCUCCCCUCGCGAUAUAUUACGACAAAGCGAGAGGCGGAGAAUACUAUAGCAAGCCAGAUGACAAAGCUGAGGAGCAUCUUUGUAAGACCAGGGUUCCUGUGGGAUAACAGCCGCAAGUUCACGCUGCCUAUAGCUGCCUCGGGGAUGGUUGGGAGUACAGUGAAUAGUAUGAUUGGAGGCAGCUUAACCGGUAUAUUCGGUGCCGCGGUCGAGAAGCCUCUGAAGGUAGAUUUGGUUGCGGACGCUGUGGUCGAAGCCAUUGCCGACGAGCAGACGAAGGGUGUCGUGGAUACAAAGACGAUCGAGGCAUUGGCUGCAAAAGCCUGGCGGAAGACAAUGCUGUGA